AUGUUAGUCGCCUGGGGUGUUGCUAUCUUCGGCUGCCUGCUGGUGCGAUCGGAGAGCCAGCUCCUUCCAACAGAUGCUGUCAUACGGGUCAAUAAAGGCGUAUUGCAUAACGCCGUCUCCAACUCAAUGGCGCAGAGCAAUGCCCUCCAGGGAGCCAUGAGAGAUUUGCCGGUCGGAGGAGGAGGAGGCGGGGACGGUGGCUUGCUGGGAGGCGUCCUUGGUGGCGGAGGCGGAGGGGGUCUCCUGGGAGGCGUCACUGGGGGCUUACUUGGUGGAGGUGGUGGUGGCGGCGGUCUUCUGGGAGGCGUCACCGGGGGCUUGCUUGGUGGCGGAGGAGGUGGCGGUCUCCUGGGUGGGGUGACCGGGGGCUUGCUUGGUGGCGGAGGAGGUGGUGGCGACCCUUCUGUGGGGAUGCAAGCUGCCUAUGCUGCUCCUUUGGGCCCUGGGGGCAAUGGCGGUGCUGGCGGUGGUCCGGGGGCUAGUGGGUUGCUAGCUCCAGGCGGUCUGCUGGGUGGCGGAGGUCUGCUUGGCACUGCAGGGAUUCUGGGUGGUGGUGGUGGGCUCCUGGGCAAUGGUGGCCUGCUGGGCAAUGGAGGGCUUCUUGGAGGAGGAGGCGUGCUCGGCAUCCUGGGAGAAGGAGGCCUCCUCAGCACCGUCCAGGGACUCACAGGGCUACGAAUUGUGGAGCUGACCCUUCCCAGGAUCAACCUGAGACUCUUGCCUGGAAUUGGGGUCCACUUGGAUUUAUAUACCAGGGUAGCGCUCAACGGUAAGAGUCUCCUUGGAUUACUUGACAUCGCAGUGGAGGUGAACCUAACGGCCAUUGUCCGCCUGACCAUGGAUGGCACGGGCUACCCGAAGCUGGUGAUCGACCACUGUGACACCCUUCUUGGAGGCAUUAAAAUCAGGCUCCUUAGAGGCCUACUCCCUAUUGUGGAUAAUUUAUUGGCACGUGUGCUUAACAAACUUCUUCCAGAACUGCUGUGUCCAGUCCUAGACAUCACCCUGGGCCUAGUCAAUGAUCAGCUGGGACUUGUGAACUCUCUGGUCCCUCUGGGGAUAUUGGGAAGUGUCCAGUACACUGUCUCCAGCCUUCCACUCGUGACGGGACAUUUCCUGGAAAUUGAUUUGAAUACUGCAGUUGGGCAGGUGGCCGGACCCCUCCUCAACUACCCGCUGGGCAAGCCGGAAGCUCCCCCCCUGCCGCCAAGGGUGCCCAUGCCCGCCAUGCCCCCCAUGGCCGACACAACCAACUCCCAGCUAGGACUCUCGGUGAACUUCCUCAGCUCCGUUGUGGCUGUCCUGCAGAAGCAAGAGGCCCUGAACAUCGACAUCUCGGAUGGGAUGUUCCCUGAGCUUCCUCCUCUGACGACAUCGACUCUCGGGGCCUUGAUUCCUUCGGUGUUCCAGAUGUUCCCAGAGCCGCGCUCCCUCCUUCUGAAGGUGUCGGUCCCUGAUGUUCCAACCGUUAAGCUGCAGAAAGACAAGGGCCUGAUCCACCUCAUGGCCAGCGCUGAAAUACUGGCGUCGAAGCCAAAUGACGCUCAUCAGUCUCUCUGCACCCUGGACAUUGACACGACUUUGCUGGCCUCGUUUUCUGUUGAGGACAACAAACUGAAAAUCAGCGUUGCUCUUGAGAAGUCCCAUCUCUCCGUGGCUUCCUCAUCCAUUGGGAAAUUUGAUGUCUCCCUCAUGGAGGGGCUGGUCAGCAAGAUUUUUGAUGUUGCAUUCCUUCCCGCUAUGAACGGUGUGUUAGGUAACGGAGUUCCUCUCCCCAAGCUGCUGAAUAUAGACUUUGACAACGCCGACAUUGAUGUCAUUGAAGAUCUGCUUGUGUUGUCUGCGUGA